AGCGCAAACAAACUGAACAAAUCACACUUACUGUAGUGCUAAAAGAAAUAAAAGAACGAGUAAUAUCCUUUAAUCCCCAAUAGGAAGGCAAUUUUCGAAGGAGGGAGGAAAUGUUUGGGCGGCGUGUGUUCGGUAGCUCCCCGAUUCCACGGAGCUUGUACGCGAGGCUGCACAUCAACACCCCAGCGCAGGCGUCCAGCAGGCUCCCCGUCCUCAUUCCUCUGACGUCUUCGCUGAUGGCAUCCGCCUCGCUAGCGAAUGGCGGUGCCACGUCUUUCGGCCUCCGUUGUUCUUACUCUGUCGCUGAUUUGGCCACCAGACUGCGCGAUCCACUAGUCCUGAGCGCAUUGGUGGAUACCAUUUCGCCCGUGCAGUUUUUCCACCUAUGGAUUAUCGAUUUAUGGCGUACACGAUGUAUGCAGAUGAUGAGUAUAAUUCAAAUUGCGGCUAAAGAAAAGACGGGUUCGGCGAGGUGAUUUUGCCGGCGAUCGGUGAAAUUCUCCUGUCUACCGUUAAGGACUGUUUGUUUUCUAUCGUCUUUUCUCUGAAGAACAACAGGCAUAAAAUGGCAGAAGACGAAUUUUGGAAUUUUGGGUACGAGAAGAAAAUGUGGUGCUCUCUGAAUAUCGUUCCAUCUGCAAGCAACCUAGCAAAAGAAGGGUUCAGAUUUAUAAAACGUUAUUUGAGUAAUACCAGUUAAAAGUUUCUUCCCCCAUCUGCCAUGAAAAGGGUCUAAUAUUCUCUUUUUUUAAAUUUUAAAUCUCUGGUUGAAUAACCAAGGGGUCUUUGUUGGACUGCAUUUUUAUUUGCCCUCUUCACAUAGUUGUCUUUGCAGCGUCUGAUGGAAACCUAUGCAUAACGAAUUAUGCUUGAUUGCAUACUUUUUAUUACAUAUCGUUCUUUUAUCUCUAAUCCAAUAUGGGAAGAAUCGGAAAGCAUGCAAACAUAUCUCUUGGUAGUCGUUAGUACGUAUAUAAAACAUCUUUCUGGAUGCUUUUUUAGCCUUUGUUUUCGAUCCUCUUUUUUUUUAGUCUUCCCUCUUUCGUUUGUGUUGAUUCACUGCUAAUAGUUUUUAAAACGUUUAUGUGUGUUCAGUUUUCUCAUUUCAUCAGGGGGAAACUAGCAUUGUCUGUUAUUUAGGAAAUAGAACCAUAAACUCGUGGAAUCGUUAUAUUAGUGGAGAUCAUAUUAUUAUUGAUAUUACAUUUCCAAGACAUAAUCAUAUUUCGAGGUCUUCCUGACGCUAUAGGUAGACUAAACUGAAACAAAGACAAGUAAAUUCAACAUAGUUCGCGGUGCAAGCGUAAGAAGAGAUUCAUAUAAUAAAACAAGAAUUCGGCGUUUUUAAGGGAUAAAGGAUACUGAGUCGGCCCUGUAUUCUACUGUUUUCUUUGGAUCAUACGGCUGCCUGCCACUUUAUCCAAUAAAUACAUCGAUCCGCCGAGGCACAUACAAUUACAUAGACGUUAGCUGUGGCUAAAUGCCUAAUCCAUAUCUGAAUAACGACAAGGCGGCGCGGUUCGUGGAUUAUUAUGCCUCCGCUGACAUGCUUAAGGAGUCCGUUAAUCGAUUGUAUUACGGCGGGAUAGCAUGGAAAAAGGCCACAGAGGACCAGGCCGAGCAGAUGGCCUACCCUCCUGAGCCUGUGGUGUUUCGUACCCAAGCUGAAAUCGAUGCUUACCUACAGCAGCGUGUGUAUCACGAGCAGCUUCGACGUCAACAGCGCCGCACGGCUCUCCAACGUGAGCUAUACCCAGAGCCCAGAGUGCAUGGGCGUGUUCUUAGCGAGAAGGAGCUCCAGCAACACAUCAAACACGUCUACAAUGAUCCUAUACGACGUCAGAAGCUUCGGCAGCGCGAGAUUGAGCGUAUUUUUGGGACGGAGCGGAAGCUGAAUACCGUAGCACGAACCCCCGAAGAUGAGAAGGUGCUAAAGGCUUUGGAGGCGAGCUGGAGACCGCCUUCCGCUUCACCAUCCCACAGGGAUGACAACCGUUGCCUGCUUGUUUCCCAGUAUGAAUACUAUGCCAAUCCAACCAAGGUCUCUGAGUUAAAUUUACACCAGCGUCGUCUCCCAAAGUCGACGGAUCGUGAGCGGCAUCUGCAGCGCUUGGCGGAUUUGGCGAAGCCGCAUUCUAUCACACCGAGGCGUAACAAUGAAAAAGAGUCAAAUAGAGGUCCUGCCUUUCAUGUUCAUCGUAAAAUAGAUUACAAAGACUAG